GGCAAGUCCAGAGAACCUUCUUUCCGAUAAGCUUUAUUGAAGCUGCCACUCCAGAUGAUGUUUAAGUAAAUACCUUCGAGAGAUUGCAUUGGAUCUUCGCGAGAAACCCCCCGCUUUGGAACCAAACUAUGACCUUUACUUGCAAAAUAUACAAACACGGCAAUCAAGUGUUGCAUCACAAGUUGAGGUUCUGGAUCUAAUGAAUUCCACUUAUCCUGGCCCAACCGUAAUCUCUGAAAAUAGCUACGACCGUGAACUUUCUCAAUCCCACUCCUCGCCUACGGCUCGGGUUUCAGUAUCAAAUGUGGUCAGCUAUGUUGUUAUCGCUGUGUUGUUGAGCCACAGUUGAGGGCAAAGUGAUAGCACCUAGUUCUGGUUUGAAUUGUGCUAUAUUAAGCCGUUCAGCGUGGGGGAUUUUACGCAAGUUUUGAUCUCACAUUAAAGCUAAAUUCGCACACCGAAGCAGCUCGUCCAAGACAACAGGGUUUUAAAACAAGACUUUCUUCAUUGAAAGGUGGGCUGGUAAACGGGCUUCGAAGUUGACUGGAAAGGGACUGACAUUUGCUGGCGUGAUUCAACAGAGAUUGGGAAACGGUUCAAGAGGAAAUAGUACCGAGGUUUCUCUCGUGAGUAUUCCGCCAUGGACGCACUGCGGUUGCUCACUCUCGCGUUUCUAGUAUCCCGAUGUUGUCAAGGCCUUGAGCUUGACCUACUAAAGGUGCUAAAAGAAAGUAGUCCAGCAGAUUACGGUAUCCAUUCAAGAAUAACAAGCCGCGGGGAAUCAUUCUCAAUCACACAAGCGAAUAAACCAAUCGAAGCAUCCAGCAAACUCCUACAAGAUUUGAUACAUAACAUAGAAUCGAGCAGAGAAUUCUUCAUCGUCGCCAACGGGAAUGUGUUUUCCAGGUCAUCAGGGGCGCUUUUUUCAAUCGUACACUCGAGGAGGAAUCUUUAUCUGAUGGAUAUAAUAUUGAAGGGACCCAGCAAUGAAAAGCAAGGGAAAUUCGUCUUCAAAUACCGCCUUCGAAAUGGGACGUCCCAUUCGUUGUCGUUCAGAAAGGGUAUUGAGGGGCUGUAUGAUGGUGGCGGGAAUUACCAUAGCAUCGUGUUCCAUGCGUAUGACUCAGGGUUCGAUACUACAAACUUGGAUUUGUACAUUGAUUGUAAACUAAUGGGAAGAAAGCAGACCCUCUCUCCGAUCACGUCGAUUUUUUCAUACAAGGGAAUAAGUCUCUCCAGGCUGGAUUUCAGGAUUGGACAACGGCGAGGACCCCAAGGAAGUGUGAGAAACAAAUGGAAGGGCUAUCUUCGGCAACUUGACAUAGUUUUCAAGCGAAAACUUGAGGACUACGUGGGAAUAAACAAGUGUAACAGAGAAGGUUCGAGUUAUCAUGACUCAACUGUACAGGCAGCUGUACGUGCGCCAACACCGGCACGUAACAGUGACCUGCCCCCUUUAGUCCCGUGCAUGAACCCAUUUAAGUCGAGCAAUAACCUGAAUGAUCCCUGCAUGUUUAAAUCUCCAGGGCCGCCCAUCAACCAGCACGUGUUGACGCAGUCUAUGGUCGCGGAUCUGAUGGGACUCAUCAUGGAUAUACGCUAUGAUCUAUCAACACAAGCUGCUGAAGUCAAGUAUUUGAGAAAAAUCGUGGAAAACUGCCAAAUGUGCCGAGUGCGCGACUUCUGCAGAUUAAAGCCCUGCUAUCCCGGCGUCCCUUGUAUCAAUGACCCAACGAGCGACCAGGGCUUCGAGUGUGGGGACUGUCCGCUUGGCAUGGAGGGCAAUGGAAUCAACUGCACUGAUAUUGACGAGUGUAUCUUUAGUCCCUGUGCUGACGUGAGCGUGUGCUAUAACCGUAACCCUGGCUACUGGUGUGCCCCCUGUCCGGCAGGAUACAGGGGCACGAAGAAGACGGCGCAAGGUAUCGGGAGAUACGACGCUCUCACCAAGAAACAGGUCUGUGAAGACAUUGAUGAAUGUGCCGAGAACACCGAACUCUGUUCGUCGCCCUCAACUUGCAUAAAUACAAUAGGUAGUUUCCGCUGCACACCUUGCCCUAAUGGCUACACCGGUGAUCCUCUUAUCGCUUGCACCUUCCUCAACUACUGCGACCCAAAGGACCAUACAAGCAACCCUUGCAGUCUCUAUGCCCGCUGUAUCCCACUCCGGGGAGGAAGAGACUUCAGAUGUGAGUGCGCCGCGAAUUACGCCGGAAACGGAAUCCACUGUGGCCGAGACAGAGAUCAUGACGGGUUCCCGGAUGCAGCCCUUAACUGCUCACAACCUAAUUGUAAAGCGGAUAACUGUCCCUCCACGUACAACAAGGGGCAAGACGAUCUGGACAAAGAUGGCGUAGGGGACGCGUGCGAUGAUGAUAUUGACGGAGAUGGCAUCAAUAACGACCGGGACAACUGUGUGCUGAUACCCAACCCGGCCCAAUACGACUACGACGCUGACACUAUCGGCGAUGCGUGUGACAACUGUCCGUACCACAGCAACCUCUGGCAGGGCGACAUUGACGAAGACGGCAUUGGCGACAAGUGUGACCAUGACAAGGAUGGUGACGGCAUUCAUAACGAUCAUGACAACUGCCCUACCAUUCCGAAUAUGGGGCAGACGGAUACCGACGGCGACAAGAUCGGCGACAAGUGCGAUAACUGUCCCAACACACCGAACAAGGGGCAGGGUGACAAGGAUUACGACUUGUUGGGUGACGAGUGCGACACGAACCUGGAUAACGACCGUGAUGGCGUGGAUGACAGUAUAGAUAACUGUCUUGGACUCUCAAACCCCGACCAGAUAGACAACGAUGGCGAUGGAAAAGGCGACCCCUGCGAUGAUGAUGAUGAUGAUAACGAUGGUAUCCCUGACGACGUGGACAAUUGCAGACUCGUCCCUAAUCCCACGCAGCGGGAUUUAGACGGGGAUGGAAGAGGAGACGAGUGUCAGGGUGAUUUUGACGCGGAUGGUAUCCCGGAUGUGAAAGACGCGUGCCCAAGUGACAGGAACAUGCAAAAGACAAACUUUCGAAGACUGCAGACGCUCGUGUUGGAUAACAACAAUGAUAGACGUAAAUGGCCAGAGUGGCAUGUUGAUCAAAAGGGCACGGCCGUCAGACAGACAAAGGAUUGUGACCCUUCCAUUGCAGUCGGUCAUGAGCGAUUCCGCGGUGUUGACUUUAACGGGACUAUGUACGUGGAUACAAGGUACGACGACGAUUUCAUCGGGCUAGUGUUUAGCUUCCAAGACGCCAAGCAUUUCUAUGUCAUCAGUUGGAAGCAGGCCGGGAGAGUGUUCUGGAGCGCGAAACCUUUUAGAGCCACGGCUAUAGCAGGGAUUCAAAUAAAGGCUGUUAAGUCUAGCGAAGGCCCAAGUCCUAUGAUGAGGAACGCCAUGUGGCACUCUGGAAAUACGCCUAACGAGGUGAAAAUGAUAUGGAAGGACGCCAUCGAUCAGGGAUGGAAGCCCUUUACCAAGUAUCACUUUCAGUUGAAGCACCGGCCUUCCAUCGGCUUGAUAAGAUUACGAGUAUUCGAGGACAACUCGAUGUUUAUUGACACGGGUAACCUGUGGGAUACCACGCAUGCUGGAGGGAGACUGGGCAUGUACACGUUUUCGCAGCCUGAAAUUGUCUGGGAUAAUUUGUCAUAUCUAUGCAACGAGGAUAUUCCAUCUGAUGCGCUUGAACAGCAUAGAAAGAGAAUACGAAACCACAGGUAACCAGAGCAAGAUGGCGACUGAGUGUAGCCCAGCCCCCAGCGCGGAGCCAAGGGACAAAGGAAACCCACCAGUCCUAGAAUGCAAACCGUUACAGAGACAUGAACAAAAUAACGGAGUUUACGACACAACGGCGCAUAAAGGGCUGUAAAUGGACUGUAAUAACCAUCUGCGCUAUUCCGACAUAGAGGGCCAGUAUAGUCGUGUUAUAACACAUCAAAAUACAUAUAAACAGUGCGUUAGAAGCUAGGGAAAGGGGGAUAUACCCUGUCCAAGAACACUGCACAGUCACUUAUAUUUAUAGCGAUAUAUAGGCAUGCUAUAUAGUUCACAGGGGUGGAUACCGAAUGCGUGUUGCUUUGAGCCAGGACACCGCGCCUGGCGCACGUGGUAUUAGAAAGAUGGGAAGCCAAGGAAAAUGGGCGAAUCAAUUCCAGAACAGCAUAACAGUAGCUUAAAAUAAAAUGGAAGAUAUAUUAUGGAAAAAUCAAUAUUACAAAUGAGUCCAGAAAAGGCAUUAUCAGGGCGUAACCGUCAGUCAAGCGGCAAAACCGUCAAUCAAGAGGGCGUAACAGUCAAUCAAGAGGGCGUAACAGUCAAUCAAGAGGGCUUAUCCGCCAAUCAAGAGGCCGUAACCGACAGUCAAGUAGCGUUACCUUCAGGGACGUAACCUUUAAUAAAAGGGGUGUAAAUGUCAAUCAGGAGUGUGCAAUCGUCAAUUAAGAAGCGUAACCUUCAACUGAGGGGCGGAUCCGAUAUUCUCCGUAAGAGUUAAAAUAAUGCGAAAGCAAAGAGAAAUCCGACGAGUCUGAAACAACAUUUCGAGAGUAAUGACGGCUGCUGGGUGGGAUGGCUGCGUUGCAAUACACCGUAACCGUGGUUCGCGGCUCAUUCUAGUAACAAUAUAAAUUGUUGAUAACGUGUACAUAAAAAAAAACAUUUCAAAGUAAAAAGCGGAGAAAGCGAACUGUCAAAUUUUUAAUUUAUAUUAAUGUUACGAAAAUAUGCUUCUCUGUUUCCGUAUCCAAGAUCCUGAGCCCACCUGGCUACGGGAAAGAAUUCGAACGUGUGGAGACAUUUGUUUGAAUUGCAAAACACGAGAGGUACCAAAACAAGAUAUUGAAAUAAAACUAUUUUUUGUUA